AUGAUUAAGAAAUCUUCACUGAGGCGUAAAAAUUCAUUAAAAGAAUCAUUACAAGAACAAUGGGACAAAACCUCCAAAGUUAACGUAAAAGAACAAUUUUAUUCGAAGACGCCUGGUAAAUAUACCGAAGUACAAAAGGCUAAAUUUACAAAAUGGGUCAAUAUACAAUUACGUUCAUUAGAAGAAGCGAUAGCAGAAUUAACACCUGUGGUAACGAAAUCUUUUCUUUUUGAUAAACCGAAAAAAAGUAUACCACAAAUUAAAGCAAUAGACGAAGAUUUUCGAGAUGGAAAAAAGUUGAUAGAAUUGCUUGAAAUAUUAUAUGAAGAUGAUAAAGACUUGCCAAAACUCGAACGUGGUAAAACUCGACUUCAUUAUAUACAAAAUGUUAAUAAAGUAUUGGAAUUUUUACAAAAAAAAUUAGAUGAUGGUGGAUUGAUAGCAUUAAAAGCCAUCGGAUCCGUUGAUAUCGUUGAUGGGAAUAUUAAAUUAACCUUGGGUUUAAUUUGGCUAAUAAUAUCAAAAUUUAUUCAAAUGACUAGUAAUAUAUUUGAAGUUACUGAAGAGGAAUUAAAUCAAGUUGAAGAAGGAUUUAAAGAGGAUGUUGUUAAAGAAAGUGAAUUAACUUCAGAUGGUGAAAGAGAAAUAAAUAGUGCCGCUUUUGAAGAAUUUCGAUCUCAAUUUAGAAAAAAUUUUGUUAAAGAUUCAGGUAGUGAUGAAAAAAUAUUUGAUUUGCCUUCUAUUAUUAACGAAGAACCCGAAGAAAUAAUUCAUGAAGAGGAUGAAUCAAUUGAGAUUCCUAUACGUGAUCGUAUUUUAUCAAAUAGUAAUAAUAGAUUAUCAUUACCUCCAAAUUAUUAUGACGGUAAAAAGGAAGGAAAGAAGUUUAAUCCUAAUUCCCCUGCCAGAUUUAGAACAUUACGUUUAAAUCCAUCAUCUCCAUCACCAAUGAGUUCAUCAUCGGGAUUAUUGUUUUGGAUUAAUAUGCAAUUGAUUGAUUACGCUUCAAUAUUACCUUCAACUUGUUACCCUAUUGAAGAUUUUACUGGAAUGAAUGAUGGGAUUAUGUUGGUAGCUUUAAUUCAUCAUUUAAAUAUGGAAUGGAUUGAUUUUGAUUCAUUAGUUAAUGAUGAUGAUAAAAGAGAAGAAACAAGUGAUCAAGAGUUUAGAAUAAAAGAAAGAUUAACAAAAUGUUUUGAUGUAUUAAACGAGAGAUUAAAUAUUAGACAACCAAAAGCAUUAGUUUCCAUGUUAAUUGAAAAGGAUUAUAGUGAUCAAGAAAGGUUAAAAAGAACUGGAUUAGCUUGGAGUGUUUAUAUUAGUGAAAUAUUUUUAUCUACUGCUCAUGCAAAAAAUAAACAAAAACAAGUUAGAAGGCAAAAUGAUCGAACGUCACCAUCAAAUAGAGGUUCAAUGGCUACCUCAAAUUUACCUCCCUUACCUCCUUGGAGUCCUAAGGUUUCAUUAUUUUCUGCUGUAUGGGACUGGACACUUAGUUGGAUUCAUGAUAAAGAUGAUAAUGAUGAUAACUACGAUAGUGAUGAUUAUGAUAAAAAUGGUAAAUUAAAAGAAAAGGAAAUGAGGACAAUUACUAGAGGAAAUUCCUCAAGAAGGCAACAAAAUAAGUUGGAUAUUCAAAAUGCUGAUGAAUGGAAAUCUCGAAGAGACGAAUCGUUAGAUGAAGAUCCUCUUCAAUUAUUAGCGAAUACUCAUCAACCUGCCUUAUAUAUGUAUUGGUCUUGA